AUGACUUCCGAGGAGAGCAUGGAACUGAUUGUCCAACCAAAACCACAAUAUGUGAGUCUAAGAAUCUUUUCUGGAUGGUAUUCUAUUUUUUCCUUUUUUUUCACUCCAGGUGGGAACUAGUCCGGCCGAACAGACUGAUUUAUGGGUACAGCUUGUUCACUACGUCCUGAAGGAUUCCAAAGAUGACGUCUCACCAUAUCGCGCUGUCUAUUUUGUUGGAAAGGAUGUGAACACACCAAAAACGGAAGGGUUGUUCCACAAGAUUGUGAUAGACGACGAAUUCCAUCCGUACUUCACCCGUCUCUUCAAAAACAACCGUGCGGAACUGUUUUCCAAAUUUCUCUGCAACAGUGAGUUCAUAGUUCUACGAGUCACUCUAUAAAUUAUCGUUUUUAGAAAAUCCAUUCGCUUUUACCGAUUGCUUCCUGAAUUGCUCUGUGGACAUUGCUCAAAUCCUCCUCGAGAAUUGCGACUUCAGUGUUGCGGAAAACAGCAGUCUGAACAUCUACGUGUUCAGAACAAUGACCAAAAUUCAACUUGGUGAUCACACCUACUUGUGCGCACACUUUGGCUACCAGAGCUGGAACCGCGUCAAACGCUGGCUCCCUGAGUUCUUGAUUCUGCAGGCCAACUUGCACUUUCAAACGUGCUCGUAUACUAUUUACGGUAAACCACAGAGCAAUUUACAGAAAUGUAUUCUUUCUUUUCAGACUGGACCGAGAAUCAUGAACUGCUCCAAGUACGUGUUAAAGAACUGUUCCGUACCGUGCGCGAAUCGAAUUAUAAUCCGGAAGACUUGACUCCGGUGUGCUUCGAGCGAAUCCAGAGAUCCGAGAUUGGAAUAUGGAGACAUCUGCCACAAGGAGUAUACCCCCGAGAUACUAAUUGGCAAACUGAGGGGAUCUGCUUCCGAGUCCGCUACAAUUCCGAUCAGCAAGGAAACUUUCGUCACGUUUCUCGACGUCAAUACAUCAAACACCUCUUCGCUGAUUUCAAUAACUUGGAAGUGAAAAACACUCGUGAACCAAGAGAUUGA